ACCUCGUCUGGUCAAUAUUUACUUGUCAAGUGAAAGUCAGCCAGAAAAUAAAAGAUGGAAAGACAUUAUAUUUAUUUUUAUUAAAAUUUAACGAAAGUACGUUUACAUUUUCUGAGAUCUACCAGCAUUGCCUUUGCGAUCCACAGGGCACCCCUGCUCUAAACUAACCUUACUCAACUUAACCCUCGUAACAGUGAAUCAGACUCUCGCGAUACUUCGGCUCCCGGGACGUUAUCUUCUCGACACAGCUGCGCUACACCGGCUAGCAUGAUAAUGCGAUGCUGUUAGCUUCGCCUUAUUACUAACGUUUUAAUGACGUUGUUAUCGGUGUUGUAGCAACAAACGCAAAAUUUAACCGCAGCGUUAAGAAAGUUGAAAAGGAAAAACCAGUCAGUAUGGAAGAGCAAGCAAGCAAUACCAUAAAUGUGACUGUCAAAACCCUGGACUCUCAGAGCAGGAGUUACACAGUGCGAGCACAGAUAACUGUGAAAGAUUUUAAGGAGCACAUAUCGCCAUCCGUUGGAAUUCCUGUUGACAAACAAAGACUCAUUUACCAAGGCAGAGUGCUUCAAGAUGAGAAAACCCUAACAGAGUAUAAUGUGGAUGGAAAGGUAAUUCACUUGGUGGAGCGAGCUCCUCCCCAGACCACCCAGCAGGGCUCUGGCUCGGGUGGUGUUCCAGGGUCCUCUGGUGGGACUCAGGGAGGAAAUGAGAAUACAAACUCUACCAGCAGUGCUCAGGGGACCCCCCUUGGACCUACACAUGACCGCAACGCCAACAGCUAUGUUAUGAUGGGUACUUUUAACGUUCCGGUUAACAUUAUGGACCCUCAGCAAAUUCAGAUGUCCAUUCAGCAGAUGAUGACAGGUCUGGGAGAGAGUGCUAGGAAUCCUCGAGUUAGUACAAGUGCUGGGAACAAUGGCUCUGUUAAUGUUCAGAUAGAUUUGGACCAGUCAUUGCAGAGUGAACCUAGACUGCGGCUGCUAUUGGCUGAGAACUUGCUGAGGGACACCAGUGCUUUAAUCCAGAUACUUGAGGCGAAUGCAGAUGGCUCAUCUUCCCAGGAAGAAUCUGUACCUCCACCCACCUCCUCCACUUCCACUCCAUCUCCUUCUGCACAGCCCAUGGACACUUCCCCUCCUCCUACCAGCACCCCACCGUCCUCUUCGUCCUCCACCCAGACUGAGGGUGCUCCACCCCUUCCAGCAGGCCUCAAUCACCCAAGCCCUGCUGAGUUGGUGGAGAUGUUGACAGAGCUGAGAAGGGUGGAGGAGAGACUUCAGCCCUUCAUUCAGAGAGCUCACCUCAUUCUAGAGGCGGCCACAACAGCAGAUUAUAACAACAAUACCCAAGAGAGGGAUGAGGACCAACGCAUUCUCAACGUGGUGGGGGAAGCUCUCCGUCUCCUAGGCAAUGCUCUGGUUGCCCUGAGCGACUUGCGCUGUAACCUGUUGAGUACCCCACCCCGUCAUCUGCACGUUAUUCGGCCCAUGUCUCACUACUCCUCCUCUGUUCUGAACCCAGGGGGCGUUCAUCACAUCCCCAUGCAGAUGAAUCUUGGAUCGACUGUGACCAUGUCGGCCAAUGGCAGAACAGCAGCUGAGGGUCCGCCUCAAUCUACUGGCCAAUCAGAUCAACAAGGACAGAUGCCUGCCAGUCAGCCUGCUUCAGCCAGUCAGCAGGGAGGACAGCCAGGACCCAGAGUAAUCCGGAUCAGUCAUCAAACCAUGGAGCCUGUUGUUAUGAUGCAGAUGAACAUUGAUGACUCUGGGAACACUGCUCAGGCUAAUGGCCAACAAAAUGCUGCCGGCACUGGACAGCCUGGUGCCCCCCCUACUGUCCAGAUUCCUGGUCUACCUCCAGAUUUCAUGCAAGCCAUUGUGCACCAAGUCACUCAGCAAGCCAUGGCCAUGGCAAAUGCUGCCUCUACUGGCCAACAGGGGCAACAGACCACAACACCUGCUGCAAAUGCUGGUUCUGUCCCUACUCCACCUCACAUGCCCCCAUACCCCCCACAGGCUAGAGUGGUUUUUACUAGACCCUCAUUUACACACAGGAUGGCCAGUCCCACUUUUACCACAAGGGGGGCCACUAUCAACCUCAGAGCAGCUGUUCCACCGAUGAUGGACCAACAACCAGGACAGUCUGGGCACAUCCCUCCGGCCGCUCUCAAUCAGAUGAUUGGUGGUCUGGUUGGACAGCUCCUGACAGGGGCAACUGGACAGAUGGCCGGUCAAACUACCACAUCUUCCCCGCACACGUUCUCAUUCUCCACUUCCUCCUCCACAUCCUUCUCCACUUCCUCCUCCACAAGUACUCCAUCCACCACCAAUAGCUCUGGAUCCACACAGUCUAGUAAUACCAGUACUAGUGAUCCCCAGCCUGGAACUACACCACCUCCUCCUCAGGAAACUCCUUUAGGAGGAAACCUAGAGCAGUUGUUGGGGUCUCUUCUAGGCGGAGCUGUUGCUGCAGGCGGCCAGGGCCCCUCUAUAACAGUCAACAUGCCUGGGGUCCCUACCUUUAUACAGGGAGUCACAGAAUUCAUGCAGGCUUCCCAAACACUUUUCUCUCAGCCUCCUGCUGGACAGCCUCCUGCCUCCACCCCCACUGCACCUGGGGCCACCCCAAAUGCAGGCUCUGCUCCAGGGGCUGCUGCAGCCGGAGCGGGCCUAAACCCUGAGCUCUUCACUGGGAUUGUGCAGGGCGUCCUGUCCACCAUGAUGGGCUCUCUGGGUAGCCCUCAAAAUGAAACCGAGAGCAUUGCUCAGUUCAUCCAGAGGCUCUCCCAGACUAGUAACAUCUUUACUCCUGGCACUGGAGAUGCUAUGGGUUUCUUUGGUAAUCUUCUGGCUCUGGUGUGUCAGAACUUCUCCAUGGUGGAUAUGGUGUUGUUGCUCCAUGGGCAACACCAGCCACUAGGUCGUAUCCAGCCCCAGCUCGCACAGUUCUUCACUGAGCACUUCCUGCAAGGACGUGAACCCACAGAGGCCAACAUCACCGCAUCCAUCGAUGAUUUAGUUGCUGAACUUGAGGAAUACAUCACAGAAAGUUUUUCAACUGUCACAGUCCGUCAUGGAGUUGAUGUCACCCAGACAAACCGGUCUUUUCUCAGACAGCAACUCGCUGGCAUCGCCACCCACAUACUGCACUGCAACGAUCAAACGUUUGGACCUCGACUCCUACAGCUGUGUAACAGAGCUCUUUUUGAGUGUCUGGCCCUCAACCUCUACUGUCUGAAUGGAGAACAAAGUGCCCUUACUGCCGUCAUCAACCACCGCAUUAGGAUGAUGUCAGCGGAGGUUAAUCCCAGCCUGGUGAACUGGUUAACCAGUAUGAUGACCAUGAGGCUGCAAGUCAUACUGGACCAUAUCCCGGUCACAGAGGAACAGAUCACAAAUUAUGUCAUCCACACACAGAGUCAAGAAUCAGCAGAGAGGCACACGCAGGAACCAGAGUCUCAGAACGUGGAGAUGGGGGACAGUCUUUCUCCGACACCUGCUACUACAGCAGAAGAAGCUCUGGCCUCCUCCCAGGAAUCAGGAGCUGUGGGAAGUUCAGCUAGGGAAGGAGAGGGCGCUGUAGGAGGAGAGGAGACGGGGAGGGAUGCUGAAGCUUGGGCAGCUGCAUUACCUCCCGAGUGGGUUCCCAUUAUCAGACACGAUCAGAUCAGUCAGAGGAAAAUGAAGGCCCAACCACCUCUUUCUGAUGCGUAUCUGCAUGGGAUGCCAGCCAAGCGCAGGAAGAUGGUGAAGAGUGAUGGGCCCAAACUGUCACUCUCAGAGGCAGUGAGCCAAGCUGCAAGAUCAGCAGGUGUAACACCCAUCACAGCCCCCAAUGCCCUGCAAGAAGAGUUAGAAAGGCCGGAGCUUCAGGAAGCAUUCAGUGAACAGUUGAAAAAUGACAUCAAGAAACGAGUAAAAGAUGACCCUGACUACAAUUCUAGACGGUUUCCAAACACACAUCAAGUCUUUGCUCCAGAUUCAUAACUUUGUUUUACCUGCCAGCUUACAUGUUUUCACGUCAGCCCUGUCCCUUGCAUGGGGCUUGUGUUUAUUUGCUGGAGUUUACAUGUUGUCAGAUGACUUCACUCCCCCACAAAAUCUUUCUAUAGUUAAGUUUUUAUUAAAGGAUUCUGCUAGCUGAUCCCCAUCUUUGCAUUGUUCAGCAGAUUAUGUUCUAUGUGUAGAUCAUGCGUGACUGGAGGUGGUGCAUACAAACCAUGUACAAGAAACAUCUUUAAACAAAGUGUGUUCUGACCAGGAUUGACCCUGAGGGACAUGGCUGAUGCCAGCAUGCUCUACCAGAAAUAUCUGUUUUAAUGAUUCGGUCUAGUCAAACAGUAUUUUAACAGAAUCCAAAGGAAUGUCAGGUGAAGUGGACAGAACUAAUAAUGUUGAAAGCUAUGAAGAAUGAUGCUGUUGUUUAAAGUUCUAGUGAUAAAUAACAUUUUGCCUUGCCUUUCAUCUCUUCUAUGGCUCUAAGCCUUUUUGCAAUGUAAUUUGGAACCAUAAUUGUUAAAUGCCUGUGAUUAAACGACUUUGCACCAGUUUACGGCACAUUAUGCUUAAUUUGUUUUUGUGUGAGUGGGGGGUUUACGAGGAAAUUUGUUUAGGUUACAAACUGGUAAUUACAAGGGUAUUUCUAGUGUCCCCAUAAUUGAAAUAGCUUAAAAACAAAACAUACUGAACCAUGUUUUAGUGAAAAGGUAAAAAUGCAGAAAGUUUUUUUUGAAGGUUAUGUUAGGGUGUUGUGUUAGGUUUAGGGGAUUUGAAUCUAUAGUUUGUAAAAAUCAUUAUGUCUAUGGAGAGUCCUCAUAAGGAUAGCCCCACCGGGGGGGUGGGUAUUUUUGAAGAAAAUCACAACGCAUUUUGUCAUGUUGUUUUUAAGUUCCAAACUCGUGUGACUUAUUUUCUUAUGCGGAACACAAAGGAUGUUUUGAUGAAUAUCGUGGACCAUGUUUUCAAUAUCAUUGCAUAUUUAACACAUUUUACAGAAUACAUUUUCUGCAAUUGGGCUAUAUAUUAAAAGUUGCGAAUGUUUA